CGGACGCUCCCGGAAGUGGGAGGUGUCCGCUGGAGUUUGUGCGGCUGCCGCCGCGGGAACGCGAACCCGGUCGUUUUUCCACGGAGGAGGCGAAGGAGGCACAGGAAAGCGGCGAGCUUUCCGAGAAAAGCUUGAAAGAACCGAGUGUGGUCUGGAGCCUCGCUCUUCUGAACUUGACUCCCGCCAUGGACGACGAAGAGAGCGGCCAGGCGGGCUGCAGGGCCGCGGCUCCCGCGCGGCAGGAGGCGCCGCGGGCGGAGUGUGGGGGGGCACCGCCGCGUGCGAACCCCGAGAGAAAACAACGAUGUAGAUUUGAUGGCCAAGAAACACAUGAAUCUAAGCUCAUUACCUCCAGUGUAAGUGAUUUCAGUGACCCAGUUUACAAAGAGAUUGCGAUAACAAAUGGCUGCAUUAAUAGAAUGAGUAAAGAAGAACUCAGAGCUAAACUUUCAGAAUUCAAGCUUGAAACCAGAGGAGUGAAGGAUGUACUAAAGAAGAGGCUGAAAAACUAUUAUAAGAAGCAGAAGCUCAUGUUGAAAGACAGUAAUUGCGCUGACACUUACUAUGACUACAUUUGCAUUAUUGACUUUGAAGCUACUUGUGAAGAGGGGAACCCACCUGACUUCAUACAUGAAAUAAUUGAAUUUCCUGUUGUGUUGUUAAAUACACAUACCUUAGAAAUAGAGGAUACAUUUCAGCAGUAUGUGAGACCAGAGAUUAACACACAACUUUCUGAUUUCUGCAUCAAUCUAACUGGAAUUACUCAGGAUCAAGUGGACAGAGCUGAUACCUUCCCUCAGGUACUAAGAAAAGUAAUUGAUUGGAUGAAAGUGAAAGAAUUAGGAACAAAGUAUAAAUACUCCAUAUUAACAGAUGGGUCAUGGGAUAUGAGUAAGUUCCUGAACAUUCAGUGCCGGCUAAGCAGGCUCAAAUACCCUCCUUUUGCUAAAAAAUGGAUCAAUAUUCGGAAGUCUUAUGGAAAUUUUUACAAGGUUCCUAGAAGCCAAACAAAACUGACUAUAAUGCUUGAAAAACUAGGAAUGGAUUAUGAUGGACGUCCACACAGUGGCCUUGAUGACUCUAAGAACAUUGCCCGAAUAGCAGCUCGAAUGCUUCAGGAUGGAUGUGAACUUCGAAUUAAUGAGAAGAUGCAUGCAGGACAGCUAAUGAGUGUAUCCUCUUCAUUACCAAUAGAGGGCACUCCAGCUCCACAAAUGCCACAUUCUAGAAAAUAGCAUUUCCAUCUGCUUGGAUCAUUCACUCUAACUGGAGUUACAAAGGCAUAGCAGAUAAAUUACUGAGUUCUGCAGUGCAAAAUUUAGGCACCUUAAACAUUUAAAAUCUUACUACAAUUACAAUCUAUGUAUAUACACAUGAGCAGGUUUUUGAGGGUGGACACAUUGAAUUCUUUGUCACCAGCACUUUUGAUACGAGCAGUAUUUGUUACCCAAGUAACACACCUUGCUUAGAAAUGGAUUUUAUAAUUUAAAAUGUCCAAGAUGUGUUCUCUUUGGUUUUAAAAUGCGUAGGUUUAUUGACUCUCUUUGAAAUUAAGAGCCUAGUGAACUUAAAACACUUGUAGGAACAUAUGAACAUCAUUCGACCAGAUCUUAAAAUGCAAAUAUUAAAAGGGGGCGCUUCAUAAGUAAUCUUUGGGUUUUAAGAAUAUCAGUCUUGUUUUACAUAUAUAUAUUAUUUUUUAGUUUUAAAUGUGAAGUUCAGCUGUGGUAAAUUUCAUGAAGUAAUUAGUAUACAUAUUUGCCUACAUUUUAGUUCAUAAUUUGUAAUUAAAGGGUUAAAAGUUCAAUUAUUGAUUAGGAUUAAUGGAAAGUUAAAAUGCCAUUUAAAAGAAUGUAAGAGCUGUAGCUCAAAACAUUAGAAUCAGUGAAGUUUUAUGGACUUGGAUUUUUUUUUUUUCCCCUUUCUUGUAACAUGUUUUCUCUAAUGCUUAAAUCUAAGAGACUAAACUUAGAAAUAGACUUAAAAUUAAGGGCCACUGCUUAAUUUUACAUUUGUAUCCAACAUGAUGAGUGAGGUUAAUAAAGUCAAAUAAUGUUCUCUA